GGCGGGCCGGCCGUGCCGGGCUGGCGGCGGGCUGAUCGCGGCCUCACUGGUUGGGGGGCUGCCGCGCCGGGCUCCGGCGCCGUCCUGUGACGCCGCGCUGCUCCCGUAAGGGCCGGCGCCAUGUGGAUCCAGGUGCGCACCAUGGACGGGAGGGAGACCCACCGCGUGGACUCGCUCUCCAAGCUCACCAAGGUGGAGGGGCUGCGUCUGCGGAUCCAUGAGGUGUUCGGCGUCGAGCCGCACCGGCAGCGCCUCUUCUACCGCGGCAAACAGAUGGAGGAUGGUCACUCCCUUUUUGAUUACAGCGUUGGACUGAAUGAUAUUGUUCAGCUCUUGGUUAGACAAAGCCCAGCAGUGCUUCCUGCUGUGAGUAAGGAGAAGGAUUCAGAGCUCUCUGACACAGACUCUGGCUGUGGCUCAGGUCAAAGUGAAUCCGACAAAAGCUCUCACAAUGGAGAAAGUGUCAUGGACCUGGAGGGGCAGCCCAGCACGGCAGCACAGUCUGACUGGGCUGACCCAGGAUUUGGCCUCUAUAAGAUCAAUGACUUGGUUGAUGCUCGUGAUAUGAAUAUGGGAGCAUGGUUUGAAGCCCAGGUUGUAAAUGUAACCAGAAGAAAAGCUGCGAGUGAGAGUCGUGCAGUUGCUGAUCAGCAGACAACCAUUCCAGAAGAAGAUGUAAUAUAUCAUGUGAAAUAUGAAGAUUAUCCAGAGAAUGGAGUUGUGGAACUGAGUUCGAAUGAUGUACGGUCUCGUGCACGGACUAUCUUGAAAUGGCAUCAGCUAGAAGUAGGACAGGUGGUGAUGGUCAACUACAAUCCUGAUGAACCAACAGAGAGAGGUUUUUGGUAUGAUGCCGAGAUCCUGCAGAAAAGGGAAACAAAACUGAUCAGGGAGAUAAAUGCGAAGAUAUUACUUGGGGAGGCUGGUGAUUCUUUGAAUGACUGCAGAAUUAAAUUUGUGGAUGACAUUUAUAAAAUUGAAGAACCAGGCAGUGUUUGUCCAAUUAGUGCCAGACCAUUGAAACGACAAAGUGGACCUGUGUGUAAAGCUUGUAAGGACAACCCAAACAAAACCUGCAGGAUCUGUGCUUGCCAUAUCUGUGGGGGUAAACAAGAUCCUGAUAAACAGCUCAUGUGUGAUGAGUGUGAUAUGGCUUUCCACAUCUACUGCCUCAACCCUCCCCUUAGUAGUAUACCAGAUGACGAGGACUGGUAUUGCCCUGAAUGUCGAAAUGAUGCAAGUGAGGUGGUUCUGGCAGGAGAGAAAUUAAAAGAAAGUAAAAAGAAACAAAAGAUGGCAUCUGCUAAUUCAUCGUCGCGGAGAGACUGGGGCAAGGGCAUGGCAUGUGUUGGUCGCACAAAGGAAUGUACCAUUGUACCCUCUAACCAUUAUGGACCAAUUCCUGGUAUUCCAGUUGGCACCAUGUGGAAGUUCAGAGUUCAGGUGAGCGAAUCUGGUGUUCACAGGCCGCAUGUGGCUGGGAUCCACGGCAGAAGUAAUGAUGGUGCUUAUUCCUUAGUUCUGGCAGGAGGCUAUGAAGAUGAUAUAGAUCACGGGAAUUCCUUCACAUAUACAGGGAGUGGAGGUCGUGAUCUUUCUGGAAACAAACGUACAGCAGAACAGUCUUGUGAUCAAAAACUCACCAAUAUGAACAGAGCUUUGGCUCUAAACUGCAGUGCUCCCAUCAAUGACAAAAAUGGAGCUGAAGCUAAGGACUGGAGAGCUGGAAAACCAGUCCGAGUGGUGAGGAAUGUAAAAGGAGGCAAACACAGCAAAUAUGCUCCUGUAGAAGGGAACAGAUAUGAUGGCAUAUAUAAGGUUGUGAAAUACUGGCCUGAGACAGGGAAAUCUGGAUUUCUAGUGUGGCGUUACUUGCUUAGGAGAGAUGAUGAAGAACCUGCUCCUUGGACCAAAGAAGGAAAGGACAGGAUGAAGAAGCUUGGCCUAACAAUGCAGUAUCCUGAGGGGUAUUUGGAAGCCGUUGCAAACAAAGAUAAAGAAAAUAAUGGAGACGAUGAGUUUGAUACUCCAGGGAAAGGAAAGAGGAAAAGAAAAUCAGCAGGAGCGGAGGAAAAGGUCCUUAACUCUCCUUCAGGGACUCCGAAGAAAUCAAAAGUUGAGCCAUACAAAUUGACGUCUCAGCAGAAAUCUCUUAUAAGAAAUGAUGAAGCCAAUGAAAAACUGUGGAAUGAAGUACUUGAUGCUCUUAAAGAUGGACCGAAAUUUCUAAAUAAAGUUGAAGAGGCUUUCUUGUGUAUUUGCUGCCAAGAGGUGGUGUUUCGGCCAGUCACAACUGUAUGCCAACAUAACGUGUGCAAGGAUUGUUUGGAUAGGUCCUUCAAAGCUGAUGUGUACAGUUGUCCAGCCUGCCGCUACGACCUUGGCAAAAAUUAUACCAUGCAAGUGAAUGAAACACUGCAGACCAUUCUAACUCAGCUCUUUCCUGGAUAUGGCAAUGGGCGGUGAUUCCGUAAAGCACUUCUAAUAUUCUUUUAUUCAAACUUAUUAAUGGAUUUUACAUGGGCUUAAUUUAAGAAAACAAAAAAAAAGUAGUUGGUGUUCUCCCAGACCCUUAAAAAACAACAACGACAAAAAAAUACCCAACAUAUUUCUUUAAAAAAAAAAACAAAAACCAAAAACCAAAAACCUGAACCUUCCAUAUGUCCAUGGUUUUUGGUUUUUUUUGUUCUAAAUGCUGAACUUUGUACAAUUAUUUGCCCCUCAAAACUGCCAUCCAUCAGCAGAGUUUAUUAUAUAUAUAUAUUUUUUAAUGGGGAUUUACAAAGUGCUUCUGGUAAGGCUGCUGACAAUUGUGAAAGUUUUUCUGCUUUUUCUGUCCCUUCUCCCCACCUUUUUAUUUUUGUUUUAUUCAAAAAAAAUGGCUUGGUUGCUAGAACAAUCUUCAACAUUUGGGAUUUGGGCAUAAAAGUAGAUUUGUGUAUCACCCUGGCAGCAUUUUGGUGUGUAAGAUGGUUCCUGGCUUAUGACUUCUGUUUUUCUAACACAAGUGGGUAUUUGUUAUUUUUUCAAUAACUGUUUUUAUACAUUUGACAAAACUUAUCAAAGCCAUUUCCUGCUAAUUUUGUAUGUUCAAACAAACUACUGGCUUAUAGUCAAGUAGUUAGAGCAAUAUGAAGUACUACCUCAGUUGGACUUCCUAUUAGGGAACUAUUUGUUCAGCCAGGUUCUGUCUUCUGUCCUGAAAUGCCAUUAUGGAAUAUACUAAAGCCAUUCUUAAGUGCCUUUUUUCUUCCUUUUUUUUGAAAUACUGGGCCCAGAAUCACCAUAUAUAUGUAUUAUUUUUUUUCAUAAGCACUGAAUUGUUUAAACCUGACAACCGGAUUUUGUUCUUUGAGUAAAAUAUAACACUGUAGCUGUAUAUGAUUAUCAUGGAUUUGCAAACUUUCAGGUUUCCUCCUAAUGCUAGGUGUGUGAUGGUAACGUGAAUUUAUAUAUAUAUAUUAUUUUUUUCCCCACUGUGUUUCUACCUAGAAAUGGAGAAUAAUUAAUUUUGACUUUUGGAAACAUUUUGGUUAUUGUAUAUGACACCAAGGAGGCUUGCUUUUGUGAAUGGAUUGUCUUUUUCUAACAUAAUCAAAGUUUGCAGUUUAAUACCUCAGCAAGACAGAGAUGUUUUUAAUCACGUUUGACUGCAGACAGACUGGAACAAACGUGCCUGGUUUUGUUUUUCUUUACUCUUACUCUUUUAAAAUUAUAAUGUUAAUAUGUUAGGGGAAAAAUGUUUUAUAGGCUUUUUGCUGAAUUUGUUAAUUUUUGUACAAUGUGCAAGUUGAAGUUCUCAAAAUAAAUAUCUUUUCAGAUGAA